AUGAAUGCUGGCUUUUCUACUAAUUUGUUCUGGAAAACAGCUGCUGGAGCUGGAUUUACUGGAAGCAAAAUGGCUAGGAGAGAGUUAGGGGUAGGGGUUGAGAUCUUAGCCUCUAGAUUUGUCUUUGAAAAGGAAGAUUUUAUAAGGCCAUGGGAAGGACAGAAUUACAACUUGGAGAGGUAUGCACUGCAGUGGGAGUCUAAGAAUCUGAUUGCUGUGAGCACUGCAAUUCAAGAUUGGCUUACUUCAAGACUUGCGAUGGAGCUGAUGAAACGAGGGGCAAUGAUGACUGUUUUGAGCUCACUCUUAACUGCUUUGGCUUGGCAAGCUGCGUUACUUGCAGCAACUGACUUUAUAAACAGUAAAUGGACAAUAGCUAUUAACAGAUCAAACAAAGCUGGUAAGUUGCUUGCUGAAGUAUUGUUAAGAGGAUACCAGGGAAAUAGGCCUGAGACACUCAUAGGUUACUCACUUGGGGCAAGAGUUAUUUUCAAGUGUCUACAGUAUUUGGCUAAAACUGAAAACGGUGCUGAACUAGUAGAAAAAGUUGUGCUUCUUGGAGCACCCAUCCCAAUCAAGGAUGAGAACGGGGAAGCAGCUAGAAAGAUGGUAGCAGGAAGAUUUGUUAAUGCUUAUUCAAGGAAUGACUGGAUGCUUGGAGUUGCCUUCCGGGCCAGCCGUCUACUCACUAAAGGAUUAGCUGGAAUCCAACCUGUCGAUAUUCCCGGGAUCCAAAAUGCCAUUCGUCUAAUCCGUGGGCCACACAAAAGAUCUUAGACCAGCUUCAAUUGGAUACAUACUAUCCUGUAUAUAACAACAUUUCUUGCACACAGUGAACCUUUUAUGGAGCCGCUCUGUUUCUCUGUUUACAUUUCUUCUGCUUUAAAGUUUGACCGUAUUCUGAUAUUAUGUAUGAAAUAUAUUGUUAUAAAAAUAAUGUAAAAAAUAUAUAUGUUGUACUACAACAGACAUGAGUCUAGUUAAAUUUAGAGCAGUGCUAUUUGUCACGAUAGAAAACAGCAUGAAUGUAUAAAGUGAUGAUGUGUACCAAUAUUUGUUUUUCUUAAAUAAGAUUUAACGAAAAACAAACUUUGGGCAUUUUUAUGAAAA